AUGAACGAGGUGUCCUCCACCCGCCUGUAUCUUGGGAACCUUCCCCGCAACGUGACCAAGAGCGACAUCGAGGAACAUUUCAGCAGCCAUGGCUCCGGUAAGAUCACGGAGAUCAAGCUGAUGAACGGGUUCGGUUUCAUCGAAUAUGACGAUCAACUUGAUGCCAGAGAUAUUGUGCCGGCCUUCCACGGCAGUGACUUUAAAGGCGAACGACUCACGGUUCAGUUUGCGCGCGGUCCUCGUCGCAAGGAGGCGUUCCCUGGACCACCAGACCGCAAUGCGCCCCCUCGCCCCCGUCGCACCAUGUUCCGCAUGCAGAUUUCCGGUCUUCCAGAGACUAGUUGGCAGGACUUGAAAGAUUUCGCCCGUCAGUCUGGACUGGACGUGGUAUACUCCGAGACUGGCCGUGAACAGGGCAGAGGGUUUGUGGAAUUUGAAACCGCCAACGACUUGAAGACUGCCGUGGAGAAACUGGACCAGCGCGAGUUCAAGGGCUCAGUCGUCUCGUGCAUCGCCGAUGUAAGCGCUCAACCUGGCUCGGACCCGGAGGAACCCCGUCUCACCAAAUUCCAGAUCCAAAACUUUGAGGAACGACCCGUUCGGGACCCAUACAGGUCUCGCUCUCCACCCCGUCGCCCCUAUCCUGCCCCCAUGGAUGAAUACGAUCGCCGGAUCCCUCCCCCUCGUGGCUAUAGUCCCCGGGAGCACUACCGUGAGCGAUCUCCGAUCCCUCUCCGUCGCGAUCCCUACUAUGCAGAUGGGUAUGCCCGCCGGACUCCUCCUCGCCCUCGGAUGGAAGACUACCCACCCCCACGCCGUCCCUACGAAGAUCCCUAUGAGGCCCGACCUCCCCCACCCCCUCGCCACUAUGAUGAUCCCUACCUAGCUGCCCGGGGCUACGGUCGUCCUCGCUCUCCACCGAGAGGCGAGUAUGUUCCCUACGACCGUCCUCGCUACUGGUAG